GUCUCGAGUCAAAAUUGGUUAUAAUGCUAGCUGGUGGCCACGGUGAACCCAAUCCCAACACAUCCUGGCUAGAUUCGCGCGGCCUGUGGCUGUCGUAUGUGCUGGGUAUCACGUUUUUCCACAUCGUUCUGCUUGCGAUCCCGUUCGUGCAAAUUCCGUACGCAUGGACCAUUACAAACAUCACGCAUAACUUGGCACACCUCUACUUUCUGCACUCCAUCAAGGGGGCACCCUGGAUGAGCAUUGAUGCAGGCGAGAACCGCAAAUACACCCACUGGGAACAGAUCAACUACGGCGAGCAAUUCACAACAACCAGAAAAUUUCUCACGGCUGCGCCCAUAAUUCUCUUUCUUCUGACGUGUCUGUACACGCGGAAUGAUGUGGACCAUUUUAUCGUCAACUUUAUCUCACUGGCCGUUGUGCUGGUCCCAAAGUUGCCCCAGUUCCAUGGCGUUCGUCUGUUCGGCAUCAAUAAAUACUGAAGGUAAAUUCCGUAGCGAACAUCCACCCUGGAAACGACCCAUAAAUGACGAUGGCCUGGAGAAACAUGCGACGGAUACGCUUGGGAAGGAAAACAUUUAAUCUACAAGACAAAAUAGUCUCAAAACUGUAACGAUUGGACUUUAUCGAGCCUCAUUUAUUGUCUAUUUUAUAGAAUAUACGCAUGGUAAUGUAUAGAUGUUGAUUGCUUGUGAUGCACGUAAAUAAGACAAGAAGCAGGGAUUAUAUGAAAAAUUGGUGUUUUUCUGCUCUUGACGAAGAAUGAAUUUAGUGUUGUCAAUACGUGCGCAAGAUUGCCGAUGAAUUGAAUGAAUUUUAAAGAUAAACAUUGUGAUUAUUAUCUAAUAAAAAGGUA